GGGGCAGACAGUUGAAGGUUUUUGCUCUGUAAUCAAAGGCACUUGACCAAUAAAGGCUUAAGGCUUAAGAGACUGAAAAUGGCAGAGGUGAAGCCCGCUGAGCUCAUCUUCACCUGUUUCAUGCUGCUUCACGGAUUUGUAGCAGCGCUGAACUGUACCAGCCCAACUCCUGAAUCCUUGUUUAAUGCGCUUGAGAGCGAAUUAUCCACUAAAAAACUGACACGUCCUGUAAAAAGCUUUUCACGUCCAAUGAACGUAUCUGUCGCUAUCACCGUGGUAGGAAUUAUAGGAGUGGAUGAAAAAUCACAAACUCUGACGACAGUCUUAUGGCAAGUCCUGGAGUGGGAUAUAGAGGGACUGAGCUGGGAUGAGAAGGAAUGUGGAACUAACAGAGUCUCUGUUCCUCGAGAAAAGCUUUGGGUCCCAGACGUCCACAUCUCCGAGUUCAUGGACGAGGACAAAUCGCCCAAAACUCCCUAUGUCUACUUAUACAACACAGGUCGUGUGUUUGAUGAUAAACCAGUCAGAGUGGUCAGCUCCUGUCGAUUAGAAAUCUACACUUUCCCCUUUGAUAUCCAAAGCUGCUCCCUGACCUUUGGACCGUAUCUACACUUUGCUACAGAUAUAAGGAUGGUUCAAGGCGCCACACCUGGUGAGACCCUGCAGGAGUCCAGAGAAGUGCUGGAGACCAAUGGGGAGUGGGAGCUGGCAGACAUUGAUAUAGCUCGUUCUAGCCUGGUUUUAGAUGUGGGAAAAUAUUCUGAGGUCAAAUACUGUAUCAUUCUGAGACGUAGGCCAGUCCCAUAUGUGGUGAACCUGCUGAUCCCCAGCUGCUUCCUCAUCACAGUGGACCUCUUCAGCUUCCUGCUGCCUCCACAAAGUGUAGACCGGUCCUCCUUUAAGAUGACCCUCAUCCUGGGCUACACCGUCUUCCUGCUCAUCAUGAAUGACCUGCUACCUGUCACUGGGGAGACAACACCUCUCAUCAAUGUUUUCUUCUCCAUCAGUCUCGCUCUGAUGGUGGCCAGCCUGCUGGAGACAGUGUUUAUCACCAACAUCCAGUUCAGCUCCACCCAGUACAGCGCAGUGCCUCACUGGCUGAGCGUCCUCGUGCUACAAUAUCUCGCUGUUGUCGUUUGCAUCCCUCCAGUGAAAAAGAGCAACCGUAUCACAGUCUUCCUCAAGCCAUCGACUGAAGACUCAGCAAUGAAUACCAACAUCAGCAGCAUCUCAGUAAGAGAUUUUCAGAGUGUCUCCAAUGAUACAGAUGAUUCAGUAAAACCCCGUCCGGCUCCUCCAGAACCCACGGACCUGACCCUGGAUGAACUGAGGAAGCUCAGCAGAGAUCUCAUGGCCAUCCGCCUCCAGGUGGACAAACAUUUCCAUGGGAGCAAAACCUCACAGGAAUGGCAAAUGAUCGGGAUAGUCAUCGACCGCCUGCUGUUUGGCUUGUAUAUUAUCUUCAUCUCUGUCAGCUUCAUCACUAUCAUGUCUAUCUGGAUCCGGAACAACUCAUAUGCAGCAUGAUUAACCAGCGGGUUAAAUUCCGGACGGACUUUCACACACGCAUAUUAGGAGCUUACAUGUUAUAUUCUGAGAUGUGGUACUUGCUGAUUGACUCUGACGAAAAUAAAUCAUGUUGUUUUCCUUGACAAAGUGUCUCGUGUUGAGAUCAUGUGAAGCUACUACCACAUAAUGGCAAAAGUUACCAGAUCUAGGCUCUGACCCAGUACCCACACUUGCAGAUUCAUGCACCCCCUGGCAAUAUGCUAGUGUGUCCCUUGUCUGAAAUAUGCCAACAUGCAGUGCAUUUAACUCAUGCAGCAAAUUGACAAAAAGCAAAAGGAGCACUGGUAAUGAAGAUGAUUGUUCAUCUUUUAGUAGCGAUCAUUGUUUUAAAUUCUGAUGAUAUGAUCAACCCACAGAUUUAUUUUUCUUGUUAUCUUUACACUUUAAACCUGACACAACUAAGUUUUCAAGCAAGCAGAAAUAUUUAAACACACUAAACACAUUUGCCAACCGCUGUGUGGCUGCGGUAUCUGAAAUCAUGAUUUCAGUCACGAGCUAUAACCAAGUUUGUAAUAUAUUAAGUUUCCAUGUAAGGCCUGACUGUGAUAUUUGGCUGCUGAUCACAGAGUUUUUAAAACAGCAUCAACUAUAAAUAAACACAUGGUUUGACUGCACAGUACACACAGCACUGGAAAAUAGAACAGAUUGUAACUCCCAUUGGUGAAGGAGCUGAAAAAUAAAACGGGUGAGUGGUUACCGGAGGUGUUGAACAACAAGUCCUGCACUGUUCAGUGUGUUUGUGAUUCAGAUUGAACUGCAAGUAAUUAUGGAACAUAGUUAGGUGUUUUGUUUUUUUUUUUUCUUUUAACGUGGAUUUAUUUACAGUAUUUUUGAGGAUGAAAUGUCCUGGAAACAAAAGUUACAGGGCAGGUAAUUGUUCAUGAAGGUCCCCACAGUGUAACAGAGCUGUAGGUGUGGACACGUGAGAAUUUUGUUCCUUUGUUUGAGGUUUGAAUAAUAAUAAUAAUAAUAAUAAAAUAUUUGUUCAUGUACAACAUUAAAUCAGGGGAAAAUUUUUAUUUCAACUUCAAGAGACAUUAUAAAAUGGUAUGUAUUUAUCCGUCAAUACUCUUGAUGAUGAUUACCAAAAAAAAAAAGUUCUGCUGAGCUAUGUCAGAUUAUAUCCACUAGAUAGUGCCAUUGGUCAGUUGUUGGGUAUUUUGUACACUGAGUAAGCUACAAUUAAAAUGUGGGCGAUUAAAUAGUUACAACUAUAUUUCAGGAAAGAACCCAUCACAGCUGUCUGCUUCACCAACAUUGCAGAGUUGGUGAAAUGUAACUAAGAGCAUUUACUUAAGUACUGUACUUCAUUACAGUCUUGUACUUUCUGUAAUGUUUCCAUUUUCUGUUCUAGAAGCAAAUGUUCUACUUUUUACUUCUCUAUAUUUAUUUGAUUCAAUUACUCGUCACUUUGCGGAAACAAAAUGAGGAGAUGAGACUUUAUUGAUCCCAGAAGGGAAAUUUACAAACUACCCAGCAGGAUAUAAAAUAAUUAAAAUUUUCAAACAUUGAGCUUCAACAGUAAAGUGAUGUUUACACAUCAGUGCAUUGAUCAUUAUAAUCUGAAAUAUUGUAUUGUAUUUAUUAUUAUACUUUUACUUUUGGUGUUUUAAGCAUAUUUUGAUCCUUA